GGGGGAAUUGGCUUGGAACAAUCUUAUACACGCAUAUAUAAACUCUCCUAAUCUCUCUCUAACCUUCCUCUCUUCACUCAGCACAAAUCAAAUACACACAUUCUUCAAAUCAUCACCAAGCUAUAACUAGAAAAACACAAGACCAUCAAUAAUCCCAACUCUGAUAACAAAAGCACAAGACUACAAAAUGGCAUACAACUACCGCCCUCCCAGCAAUGAACGCUACGAUCCACGCCCCGAACAAUCCGAAGCACGCCGCAGCACCGCCUAUCCAGCUCGAAACAGCCAACCGGCAGGAGGUUCCGAUUUCGACGCCCAAGGAAACGAAUACCGGUAUGAAAGCUUUGCCAAUGAGGAAGAGAUGCGGAGAGCAUAUCCGCGCCCUGUCCCAGCGGAGAGCGGACAGCCUGCUGCAGGCGCAGAUGCUGAGGAUCUCGGGAAUGGAUAUAAUAGGUAUGAAUCCUUUAGUACCUCUACUGAUGAAGAGGAGAGACAGAGAGCGUAUCCACGGGAGGAAUCAUCUUCAUCUUUCCAUCCACCUCGAAGAAGCGAGCCCUCAAGAGAGAGCCCGGAGCCAGGAACAGGAAGAGGAAAUCCGUCCUUCCCAUCUUCUUUCCGAGAAGACGAAGAGCCUCGGAUGAGAGGCGCCAUGCCAUCCUUCACAGCACGGGAAGAGCCUUCAAGAAGCAGGGGAGGCGCAUCAUUCUCCCCUUCCCCCAAUCCAUUCUUCUUCCACUCCCGCCCCCGCCCACCCCCAAGAACUAGAAGAGAAGAACCCCCCUUCUCGUCUCGAGGACCCCCUGAGCCACACGGCGCCAUGCCAUCCUUCGCCGCACGGGAAGAGCCUUCAAGAGGCAGAGGAGGCGCAUCAUUCUCCUCUCCCCCCGAUCCAUUCUUCUUCCGCUCCCGCUCCCGCCCGCCCCCAAGAACUAGAAGAGGAAGCGCUCCCUUCCCAUCUCGAAGACCCCCUGAGCCGCACGGCGCCAUGCCCUCCUUUACCCAACGACGCCCCGAGCCCGAGCCUUCUCGCCCCUCUUUCAUCCCGCGCGAUCUCUCACCCGAGCUCGCAGCGCGGCUCAUCAUGCUCAUAGAGUCUGGCUACUCCGCUCGCGCGGCGUGGUCAAUCAUCGAGCGUGAGAUCGAGCGGGGGGUUUGGCCCAGGAGACCGUUCACGGAGCCUCGCCCCACGUUCGCUUCUGGGGAAGGGAGGAUGCCGAGGAUGCCGCGGUCUUCGACUUUAUCGGCGCGUCGCCAGGACCUCUUCGAGCAUUUGUUGAGAAUUGGGCUUUCGCGGAUGGAGGCCCUGAGUAUUGUGGAUGAGGAGAUGGGUGAGAGGCGCCCGACGGGUUGGGAGGAGAGAGAUGGGUAUCGGUAUAGGUAUACGCCGGGUAGGGAAAGGGAUGAGGAGGAUAUGUUUGGUCUGUGAGUAUGUAACCUGUGAGUUUCCUCGCCCUUUGAUUCCCCGCUUUUUGUGAG